CAGAGUCUUGUGGUUUGUGAAAUUACAUUUGUUGAAAAUAAUUGAAAUGAUCGCAGUUAAAGUUCAGCGUCCAAGCUAUAAAGAUCUUCUUAAAUUAAUAGUCCUUUUUGAAAAAAAAUACAAAACCUAAGUUUAAAAUGUUUCCAAGUGUUAAAAUAAUUCUGACUGUCGCCAUUUUGGCCACUUUUGUCUGUUCUGGAUAUUCUAUCAAAUGCUACUACUGCAGUUCCGCCGUGUAUAAUAAUUCUUGUGGAAUUCACUUCCUUAAGGCCAAUAAUUCACUUUAUAACUGCCCAAAUGCGAAUGGGAAUCGACCCGCAGUGGGAUGCUCAAAAUAUAUGAAUUCUACAACUGUGACCAGAGAGUGUUUCUACGGAAAUAGACGGAAUGCAACGGCUGAAUGUAAUAAGUCUCCAUAUGCAAGCAAUUGCACAGUCUGCUUUACGGAUGGAUGCAACAGCUCUUCAUCACUUCUUCCUAUGGUCGGUGGCAUCCUUUUAAUGUUGGGAGUUGCACGAUUCCUGGCUUAGAAUGAUAUCAUCUUUUAAGGAUGUGACAAAUUUUAUUCUCUGACGGAAGCUAAAUGACUAAUAUAAAGAUUCAUUCUAAAAUAAAUUUUUAUUUCAUUUUAUAAGCAACAAUAUUUAUUUUAUAUUUAAAUCUUAUCGUUUAACAGUAUCGUAUCGUAAAACCAUAAAAUUUGUUUCCAAUAAAAAUAUUUCUUUAAUAAAGAUUAUUUAAUUAUUUAAGAUUUAAACCUUUUUGUAAAAACCUAUUGGGCACCGACUUACAGUGAGUUGCUUAAACUAUAUAAAUUCUUGUUAGACAAUUUGGACUUGACUCUAAGGGUAUUAAUAAUCGCAAUAAAUACAAGGGCUAUGUUAUUUUUGAUUGCCCAAUUAAUUUCUAUUUCCUAGUAUUAAUGUAAUUAAUCGCUGCCUUUUUGACGCACCCUAUU